AUGCUCAAGCUGCUGGUUACCCUUCUGCUUGUGGCCCUUGCCUCAGGCUGCGGCAAGCCUGCUUACUUACAUGUUUCCCGUGUGGUGAAUGGAGAGGAUGCUGUGCCCUACAGCUGGCCCUGGCAGAUCUCCCUUCAGUAUGAGAAGGAUGGUGCCUAUUACCACACCUGUGGGGGCAGCCUCAUUGCACCUGACUGGGUCCUGACUGCUGCCCACUGCAUUAACAAACUUCGCACAUACCAGGUGGUUCUGGCAGAGUAUGACCGGUCUGUGCAGGAAGGGGAAGAGCAAGUGAUUCCUAUCAACUCUGGUGACCUCUUUGUUCAUGAGAAAUGGAACUCCAACUGUGUGGCCUGUGGGAAUGACAUUGCUCUCGUCAAGCUCUCUCAAAGUGCCCAGCUUAAUGACAAAGUCCAAGUGGCCUGCCUCCCCCCAGCUGGUACCCUCCUGCUCAAUGAAGCACCCUGCUACAUCAGCGGCUGGGGCCGUCUCUACACUGGUGGACCCCUCCCUGACAAACUGCAGCAGGCCCUGCUCCCUGUGGUAGAUUAUCAACACUGCAGUAAAUGGGACUGGUGGGGCUUCUCCGUGAAAACCACCAUGGUGUGCGCCGGAGGGGACAUACGCUCUGGCUGCAAUGGUGACUCUGGAGGACCCCUUAGCUGCCAGGCUGAUGAUGGCACCUGGCAGGUCCAUGGUGUUACUAGUUUUGUUUCUUCUCUUGGCUGCAACACCCUAAAGAAGCCCACGGUAUUCACCAGAAUCUCAGCCUUCAUUGACUGGAUUGAAAAGACUCUAGCCUCAUCCACAAUUGAGUCUACUCGACUUCCAGCUCAGAGUUGCUCUCGGGAAUUCCGGCUUAGAGAGAAAACUACUCCCCUUACCCUUCCCCGUCCUCUCGGUGCCUGCUGUGGCCGAGACCCCUCCACUCACUCCCAGGAAGGUAUCAGCAGACUGACUGCUUGUACUCCCCUCUCCUUCCCCUCCCGGGAGUCUCCGGGCUCGGUGUGCGACUCUGGAGAAGCUCCUCCCUCCCUGCGGAUCCCUGCCUACUGCAGUUCAGUGGAAAGGUUCCAGCUCCGGAGUCCGAGGGCGUGA